AUGGGUUUGUUCAGCAAAUGUCCAUUGUUGCUUGCUUUGUUCAUUGUCCUAUGGAAUGGGCUUGUCUUCUCUGCUCCCCUUGAUGCAACCACAGAUAAUAUAUUCAACCCCUUGACUAAAGUUAUCAUUUACAACAACCUCGAAAAUGGGUUAAAUGUAAACGUUCAUUGUAAAUCGAAGGACGAUGAUCUUGGUAUUCAAGUGUUGUCUGUUGGAAGCUCCUUUCAAUGGAAGUUUCAUGAUAAUUUUUGGAGAACUACACUUUUCUUUUGUGGUUUUACAUGGGGAGAUGUGAAUGGAAUUUUUGACAUCUAUGUUGCAAACAGAGAUUUAUGCGUUUACUGUGUUUGGAGAGUGAAAAUGGAUGGAAUGCAUGGAUAUGACGAUCACGGUUCUCAGAGACAUUUUUUUGCAUGGAGUGGAACACCACCAAUACCAAAGAAAGACGGUGAGAAAAAGAAUUGA